AAACAACAACUUCUUCUAGGAGUCGUUGGCCUUUCUUCAAACAGGCAUUUGGGCCACUGGAAACUUGUAUAACUUGAAGGGAAGUACCCUAUACCAAAGAAGAUUUUUCGGUUCUGCUUCUUUAAGUAAAUUAGGUGGCAACUGGAAAGAGCAGAAAUCUUGCAUUCCUCCACUGGGACACGUUAGUCUUUCGCAUCAUAUUUCGUUUCUUUGGUUAGGAUUCAAACUCCGGCUCAAUGAUCCUGCUUGUAUUGGCAAUAACUGUCGCUUUCGGUCGUCUGCCACAAAUUGAUGCGGCCCUUCCAAACGUUGGAAAGUGUACUUUCUUGGAAUAUUACUGCGCUCUUCGGGAGUACGAGUCACAUUUCUUUAAGAGCUUGUAUCAAGUCCAGGAUGUAGAUUGCGGGCUCCAGUUUUGGAUGUUAUACUACCGCUCCUUACAGACGGCUGUCACCUGUGAAAGUACUUCAAAACCAUUAGAAGUUGGCAAUAUUAGAGAGUUUCAGACACUUUACUGCAAUGGUUUAGACCUGGAAAUACCUCUUAUGUUCUCCCUAUCACCGUGUUCUUCGUCACACAAGCAGAAAGUAGACCAGUGCAUUAGAGAGUUCUCAAACCUUUUUCAGUCAGGCGUGUCGAAAACCUCUCUGUGCAGGAUACGUGCCAAGGCCAAAGUGUGUGUAGCAUUGUCUUGGCAAACGUUAUGUGAUCAAUCAGAUGAAGUCAAUGGUAUAUUCAACCAAGUCAUUGGCGACUUCAAUCCUUUCUGCAAAGAUGACAAAGAUCCGUGGUCAACGGAGAGCGAUAGCUGCGCUCCCUAUAGAAUACCUUAUCGUGGACCUGUAUGUCAGAAUUGUACCCGCAAGACCCUGAAAAGCUCUAGUGAAUCGCGUGGAGCCAAAAAAUGUGGUGCUCAGAUAACUCAUGAUGUGGCAUUUCUUUCGCUUACUUAUUUCGUCCACCUUGCAGCAAUUUUGUUGUUAGAUUACCUGAUAAUUUGACAUUUGACUGCUUUAAAUAGCUGUGAGUGACGUAUAAAAUCACAUCACAGACCAAUUUAGAGAAACUCUAUUUUUGGUGGUAAGGAAUUAGAAGUUUAAGAACAUUUUUUAGGAAAUCACUGAAGUCUUUCCGACUUUAGUUGGGGCUUCGGGUACGUGACAAGUCGAAACCAUUCGCGUGCCAGGGAAAACACCAGUAAAAAAAGGGAGAAGGUAGUUAGCACAGCACUUGGGUUGGCUCUGUAGAGGUAGCAAAUGUAACAUUUCAUACGGACAACGUUCAAUUGGUACUGUCGACCUUUAAUAAUUAACGUUUCGGUCCAUUGUCUUUCAUCAGAUUUUUAGUUCAAAAAUGACUUAAACUCUGAUCUUUCGGGCGAGGGAAGAAUCAGGUUGUAACUGAGGAUAA